CGUCGUUGGAAUAUUGGAACCAAAACACUUAACUUACAAGGUUUUAUACAAUGCUUUUAUUUUUGUUUCUACCAAUCUUUUAUUAAACCACCUUUCAUUUUCCAAUACUCUUAAACUUCUGUACAUCUCUCUCUCUCUCUCUAAAGCCAUCAUCUUUAGUUCUUGGUCUAAGGUCAAAGUUUCUUUUGUGGUUCUCCUAAACAGCGAUCUUAGGACUAAUCAUCAUGAACGUGUUUCUGGGUCUCUUGCUUCUCUUGGCCUUCACCAAAUCUUCAAGUGCAAUUUACUGUCUCUGCAAAGAUGGAAUAGGAGAGAAAGAGCUUCAAACAGCAAUAGACUAUGCAUGUGGAACCUUAGCUGAUUGUAAUCCAAUCCAUGACAAGGCUCCUUGUUAUCAACCUAACACCAUCAAAAGCCACUGUGAUUGGGCUGUUAAUAGCUAUUUCCAAAACGCAGCUCAAGUCCCUGGAAGCUGCAAUUUCUCCGGCACUGCCACUACCAAUCCAAACCCACCUUCAAAUUUGGGUACUGGUUGCAUCUUUCCUUCAAGCCCUAGCUCCUCUACAAGAUCACCUCCAUCAACUACACCACCAACGGGAACAACUCCACCAACUGGAACAACUCCGCCCAACGGAACUACUCCAAGUACAGGGAAUCCAUUUCCAGGAACUCCGUUUCCUGGAACUCCUCCGGUGUUUGGUCCAACGGGAGUCUUCAACCCAGGCAACCCAGGCAGUGGUGCUUCAAGUUUGGUCAUCUCCUCUGUUUUCAGACUCUGUUUCUCAUCAUUACUAGCGUUUCUAUGGGGUUCUGAUGUAAGGUUGGGAUUUGGCCACGUGUAGAGAGACAACGACAUGCACUUUUGAUUCUAUUAUGGGUGGAACAUGAAGCUUAGGCGUUUGUUGGGCUUUCGUUUAUUAUGUAAAGAGGUUGCUCUAAUCGAAUCUUGAGUAAAGAAAGAAAAAACAGAACAUUAAAUCUUAGUGAUGAGAAUGGAAACAAACGAUUUCGGAAGUGAUGAAGACUUCUCAACAACA